AUGUCUUCCUCAAAAACCGUGGCGGCCGCUUCUAAGGAGAAGAUAAUAUCUCGCAGACAAGUCGAAGGUCUCAUCGCAGAUGGCAGGUCCAUCAUUAUUGUUGAUCAGGCCGUACUCAAAGUAGAUGCUUGGAUGAAAUACCAUCCGGGAGGAGAUAAGGCCAUUAAGCAUAUGGUAGGAAGGGAUGCAACAGAUGAAGUGAACGCUCUACACUCAGCAGAAACUAGAGCCCUUAUGGGAAGGUAUCAAAUCGGUAAAAUAGAAGGUCGUUGGAAGAACUUUGUCCCUCCAAUACAAUACGGAAAGUUUCGAAGCUACGUCGAAGGCAUGUCCGACGAUUCCGAAGAAGACGACAAUGCUUGCGAUGAAAAAUCGAGCUCUGAAACCUCAAGACUCCCUUCACCUACAUUCGAUGAAGAUUUCCCAGAAGUGCGCAGAAGAGGGUUGGCUAAAGAAGAUCGUCCGGUAUCCUCUGCCUCUUCCAUCUCAUCUGCGCCUGACCUGGACGACGGCAUGUCUCAUUUCGAUGCAUUGACUCGAGAACAAAUCGAUCUAGACCAUGCAAAAUAUCCUUCUUUGGAUCCGGAUACUCAAGAAGAGAUUGUUCAGAAGUACCGUCUGUUGGAUCAACGGAUGCGUGCAGAAGGCCUGUACGACUGCAAUUACACUGCAUACGCAAUUGAAUGCUGCCGAUAUACUUUCUUUGCCACUAUGGCAUUCAUGUGCUUGAAGUGGGGCUGGUAUGGGACAAGUGGGCUGUUUCUUGGUUGUCUAUGGCAUCAAUUAGUGUUCACGGUGCAUGAUGCAGGCCAUAUGGGUAUCACCCACAACUUCACGAUUGACUCGCUCAUCGGCAUUGGGCUUGCAGACUUCAUUGGUGGUCUAUCAAUUGGAUGGUGGAAACGUAACCACAACGUUCAUCACAUUGUGACAAACUCUCCCGAGCAUGAUCCAGACAUUCAGCAUAUCCCCUUCUUCGCCGUUACCCAUAGAUUUUUGAGCUCUCUGACCUCAACUUACUAUGAAAAAUGCUUAGAAUAUGACGCAUUCGCGAAAUUUCUCCUUCCGUACCAAUCAUACUAUUAUUAUGUAGUACUCUGCUUUGGUCGAUUCAAUCUCUACCGCUUGUCCUGGGAGUAUCUUCUUCGGGGUCUUGGGCCAAAGAAAGGUCCCGCAUGGUGGCAACGAUGGCUAGAAAUUGCCGGUCAAGUUUUCUUUUGGACUUGGUUUGGUUAUGGAGUAGUCUAUAGAAGUAUUCCUACAAAUGGUGCCCGAGUUGCAUUUGUCUUGAUCAGCCAUGUGGUCACUAUGCCAGUUCAUGCUCAGAUAACUCUUUCACAUUUCUCCAUGAGCACGUCUGAACUUGGGCCUCAUGAGUCCUUUCCACAGAAGAUGCUACGCACGACUAUGGAUAUUGACUGCCCACAAUGGCUCGACUUCUUUCACGGAGGUCUCCAGUUUCAGGCUAUUCAUCACCUUUUCCCUAGGAUGCCUAGACACAAUCUUCGCCGCGCCCAGAAGCUAGUGUUAGAAUUCUGCAAUGAAGUAGGCAUCCCCUAUGCGCUCUAUGGGUUUGUAGACGGUAACAAGGAUGUCAUUGGUAGACUGGAAGAAGUCGGUAGGCAAGCUGCAAUCCUGGCUAAAUGUCAGAAGAGCAUAGUAGAGAAGGGCGAUAUUCUUCAUGGGCACUAG